AUGUCUGACGAUCCGUUUACCUCGGUCCAAUGGGACAGAGACGACAAGAACAAUCUGCUGCCCCGCGCAGGCCUGCCCAUCGAAGAAGAGCCCAGUGCCUCCUUGCUUCUUGCCGGAGAUGCAGAGGACACUUCGGAUUUGCCUCCAUCCGUUCCAGACGAACCGUUUGAAGCAGCACACGAACCCACUGCAGCCAAUUCCGAGCCUGCGCCGCCGGAAUAUGCCGAGAAACCACCUUCCGCCGUAGGAAAAAGCCCCACUCCCAAAACUAGUCCAGAACCACAGGCAAAUAGUGGCGAAGGAGAACACGAACAGACAACAGAAGUUGAAGCACCAGCGGCGUCUGCGCCGGUGCCGACAGAGAUUUUGGACCAGAAGAGAAUGGAGGAGCAGUUUCAAAAGUACAAAAUUAGUCUGCACGUGAGCCACCCGCUUAGUGAUCGAGACAGCAACUCGAAACCGUACAUUUCAUAUCUCGUCACCACAGAAACGAACCACCCGGAAGUGAUUCGGCUCUCCGAAGCUGCAGCAGGCACCGAAUUUGUUACUGUGAAGACAAGAAGACGCUAUGGCGACUUCCGCUUUUUACACAAUUGCUUGAUCAAUGAUUUCCCGCAAUUGCUAGUUCCUCCUCUCCCUGCAAAGCUGAAUUUCAAGUAUUUGACGGGCGACACUUUCAGCACGUCUUUUGUCCAUAAGCGCUUGAACUCGCUUGACCGGUUUAUUUCUUUCAUCUGUGGCCACAAAUUACUUUCCCAACUGAGCGUUUUCCAUUUCUUCGUUAGUGACUCGGGAGAAUGGGCCACUUUCACCAAGAACUUGAAAAUAUCCAAAGGCGACGACAGUGAUGCGCUGAUUGUGGGAAAAGUAGCAAACGAGGAAAUGUUGACGGAAACAUUGAUGAAUUUCUUCACGUCCUCCAAGCACAAGCGCGAGACCAAUAAAGAUAUCUUGGAAAUCAGCGAUAAGUUGAAAAAACUCUGUGAAAACUUGAUCCGCUUGGACAAAAUCUUUCUGCGGCUUAACAGGAAAAAUUACGACAUGAAAACAGACUACGACCAGCUUCUGACGCAAAUCACCAAGUUGGCUGCGGUGCAGAAUUUAACUCUGCAACUUAACGACAACGAAACACUGGAGAACACUUCUUCUCACGAAACUUCAGAUGCCAUGGUCAGUAACUUUAAAAUUUUUUCGGAGUCGCUUAUGUUUUUUCUGAACAACUGGGCAGACUUGCAUCGGUACAUUGACGAAUCUUUUUUGGUCACCUUGAAAGAUUGCGCCAAGUACAUUGGUCGGUUUUCGGACUUGAUUGAGUUCCAGCACAAUAAGCGCAUAGACUUGCAAGUUCUUCACGAUUACUUGGCCAAAGCGAAGACUGAAUAUGCCGCGUUGGGCGGACCACAACAUACUUCAGCGCCUAAUCCUGUUUUGGUCGGACAUGCUUCAGGCGGAAUUGUCAACAAUACCACGCAGCUCAUCAAAGAUACGCUUUCCACUUCUGCUACGCCGCAUAUUGGUUCUUCCCAUACAGAUACAAAGCGUGUGCGGGCACAGCAGAAGAUUCAACAACUUGAAGCGGAGAUAACAACCCAAACACAACUCGUAAACAACUUGACAAGCCGCAUUAUCAACGAGGAGUAUCCCAACUGGGAGCAGUUUAACAAGCGGCAGUUGAAGCAGCUGAUGACAGAGUUGUGUGAUCACGAAAUUACAUUUUACAAGGGGUUGGUGGACAACUGGAGCGAUGUGGAGACCAAGUUGAUGAAGCGCCUCGAUGAAUUGAAGACGUGA